CUUCGUUUGACUGUUUUAUCUACUAAUUUCUGCUUUAUCGUCUAUAAAUUCUAUUUUUUUUGCUUCUUUUUCUUUUCUCAGGGUGUCUGCAACUUGAUUUCAUUUGGCUCCACUUGCCCUGAUUCAAUUCAUUUUAAUUCUCAUUUUCUUGUACUAUAUUUUUCACCAUGGCUUACACUCAAAUUGACGCUUUUGCAAAGAGACUUACUGAUGAUAACGAUUUAAAGGCAAAACUAUCCACUUUAACUGACUUGUGUGAAAUCAUCGAGAGCUUUAAUGUUCCAAAUGAAUACCAGUACUUUCUCGAGACUUUGGUGCCAAUUCUAUCCAACUUACUAGACAAAAUUCCAAUCAAGUUUUCCUCACAAUCAGUCGAACAUAAAUCAAGACACUUGAUUUUGGAGAUCUUUCAAAGAUGCAAAACGGACGAAAUUUAUAAGAACUACUCCAUCCAGAUCUUGAACAAAUUAAUGUCCAUUUUCAAAAUCGAAAACGAAGAAAAUGGCGUAUUAAUCCUACAGAUUUUAAUGAAUUUACAUAAAGCUUACAAAAAUUUCCUAGAUGACCAUGUUCAACCCUUUAUCGACAUUAUCAUUCAAAUGUAUGGCAAUUUACCAAGUCUAGUUCAUGAAAGCUUUAAUAAAAAUGUUGAACCAAUUAGUAUCGACUCAAUUAAAAUUAAAAAUAACAAUCAAAAUGAUUCCAAAGACAAUCCAGAAAUUAACAACAACAACAACAACAACAAUAAUAAUAAUGAUAAUAAUAAUGAUAAUAAUAAUAAUGAUAAUAAUAAUAAUAAUAAUAAUAAUAAUGAUAAUAAUAAUAAUAAUAAUAAUACUGCGAAUAAUAAUAAUAACAACAACAAUAAUAAUAACAACAACGACAACGACAAUAACGACAAUAAUAACAUUCUGAUUACGAAUCUGAAUAACAGUAACAACCAGAAUACCAAUACUAUUGGGAAUGAUAAGGAUAUUCAAAUGAAAGAAGAAAUAAUAGAAUCAAACUCUCCUGCAAAAUCAAUAUCUAUUUUACCUACCUCUUUUACUGGAAACAAUGACGAUCUGAAUCUGGUCGCACUUUCAAAUUCAUUACUUCCAGCUAUGAGCUCUUUUAAAACUUUGGCUGACUGCCCCUCAACCGUCUUUGCUUUAGUUUCCUCUCAUAAACAAUUAAUCAAAACUACUUUACCAAACGUAAUUCCUCAUAUAAUGACUGUGUUGCAACUAGAAGCAACCCACCAAAAAAAUGCAAGGAUCUUGGCUGAAUCAAAAGGUGAGAAAUUAACAUCCGUUUCGCCUCUAAUUAAAAACAGGUCUCUUUACUGCGACUUCAUUAUCUGUCAAGUCAAAACUGCUUCCUUCCUAGCCUACAUACUAAUCAGAGGUUACUGUAUUGAUGUAUUGGAAAACUACAGCAAAAUCAUACCUCGUUUUAUUUUAAUGCUACUACAAGAUUGUCCGAGCGAAUUAAACUCUUCAAGAAGGGAAAUAUUUGUUGCCUUUCAUAAUAUUCUCUCAACAAAAUUAAAAAAACUUUUUAUCCCAAUAAUUGAUGAUUUGUUUGAUGAAAAAAUCUUAAUCGGCGAUAGUUUCACCAAUUAUGAAACAACUAGACCUUUUGCCUUUAGUGCACUCGCUGAUUUUAUUCACACUUUUAGAGCAGAACUAUCUCCAGAACAAAUAAAAAAAUCAGUCAUAUAUUUUUCAAAAAUUCUAUACGACGAAUCAUUAGCAACAACGGUUCACAUAAUGUCGGGAAAAUUACUAGUCAACCUUCUUGAUAGCAUAUCAAAGUUGCCCAACAAAAAGGAAGCAAGACAAUUAUAUAUGAUUAUGAUUGAUGCUUUUGCUAAAGAAUUUCAAAUUCUAAAUCGCGAAUAUCCAAGUUUGAUUCAAAAAUCUCGACAGUAUGAAAAGAAAAAAUUAAACAAUGUUAGAAUUCACUCAAAAUUCAAAAACCGUAAUGAAACAACUCAAAACGAUAACGACCUUAUUAAAACAGACCCUGAUGGCGACAUCAAAAUGUCCGACUCUUCAAGCUCUAGUCCCAACAAAGAUAAAAAUAUUGAUAAAUCAAUUGAUUCCUCAGAUAAAAAAGAGGAAAAUUUUGAAAUAUAUAGUUUUAAUGACCUACAAAGUAAAGCUCUUAUUAUUAUACAUCAAAACUCAAACCAUCAUGAUCCAAUUGUUGAAAUGAGAUAUAUCUACAAAAAUUUGAUGGGUUUUUUGAAAAAUAUUAUAAGCUACUUAAAAGAAAGUAAUCCAACCCCCAUAUCUGAUUUCAAUAAACAACUUUGGGAGCAAUUUGCCUGUUCUUUUUCUUCCGAAGAAGUCAACAUUCUAAUCAAACUAUUUAAAGAAGCUUUAGAUGGCUUAAAGUACUUUCAAACAUCAGUUAAUGAAUUGAAAAACAAUGAUGAAGCAAAUAACCAACCAUUUGAUAUGUCCUCAACCAUGUUUUCAAUGUCAAACUCAAAGGAUGAAAAGGAAAUGAUGGAACUUUUUGCGACUAUGUUUUUUUAUCUCGACUUGGCUACAUUCAAUGAAAUAGUUCAAGAAUUGAUGGAUACUUUAUACGAAAAUAUUCUAGAAAAUCCUAUUCUAUUGCAUAUUCCUCAAUUUUUCAUGAUGACUGAUAUUACUUCAGCAAAUUUUGUUGGUAUUUUGAUUAAUUUCUUAAAAAACAAACUUGAAGACUUGGGUAAAAUUAAUCUUCUUCGCUCAAAUGUUUUGAUCAGAUUAUUCAAAUUGUGUUUUUUAAAUAACCUCGUUUCUUCAAAAAAUAAUGAAGCUGUUCUUUUCCCUCAUAUUAACGACUUAAUUUUAACUUCAUUAAAACUUGCCUCCACCUCAAAGCAACCCAUAGUAUAUUUUUUGGUUAUAAAAUAUUUAUUUAAAUAUAUUGCUGGAGGAAAUCUUAAUAAAGAAUUUUACCCAUUACUAAAAAUGUUAUUGAAAUACUUUAAUUAUGCAAUCAAAUCUUCAAGGACUCUUCAAGAAAGAGAUCUUUAUGCCGAACUAUGUUUAACGGUUCCAGUUCGACUAAGUGUUUUGGUUCCCUUUUUGUUUUAUUUGAUGAAACCUCUAGUUCACGCUUUGAAUGGUUCUUUUGAAUUGGUGCCCCAAGGUUUAAGAACUUUAGAACUUUGCGUUGAUAACUUGACUGCAGAAUUUUUUGAUCCUAUAAUUGAACCUGUCAUUGAGGAUGUUAUGAAAGGAUUAUGGAAACAUCUUAAACCUUUACCAUUUUUACACACUCAAAGUCAUACAGCUGUUAGAAUCUUGGGUAAGCUUGGUGGAAGAAAUCGAAAAUUUUUUAGCGCUACCAAUGAUUUAAAACCUGCUACAAAACUUUUUCAAGAAAUUUUUGCAAAUUUUCAAAUUGCAGGUUUGCCCUCCAAAACAAAAAUGUCUAUUACCCCAGGGAUUGAGGCUGCAAUCACUUUGAUAGAAGCUGAACGCUCAAGUAAAGAGUUGAACCAUUAUAGAAUUAAUGCAUAUUAUUAUUUAACCGCUGUUUUGAAACUCUUUAUUAAUUUUGACAUGCCACAAGACAUUAAAGCUCGUAUUCAAGGAUGUACUAGUUUGUUGUUGAAACCUAAGAUUGAAGACACCAAGGUAUUAUCGGAUGGAGUCAUUAUUGAUCCAGCAGUGUUAAACCGUCAACAAGAAUUGAUUAUUGAGUUACUAAAAUCAUUAUUUUUUUCUAUAUCUAUUCCUGAAGUUAAGGAUAACGCAAAAGAGUUGAUUAAAGGGCUAUGUAAUCAUUUUACUAUUUUAUUUUUGGGAAAAUCCAUUAUUGGAAGAAGAAAAGCUGAGCGUUCUUUUGAUAUAGAUGAUCUCGAAGGCGACGUUUUUAUUGAUGAAGGUGUGAUCCUAGAUGCAAUUGUGUUUGCUUUAAGCUCAAACAAAAGGGAGGUAUAUGAACAAGGUAUUGAAGCAAUCAAGGAUAUAUAUAAAGCAAGUGUGACUUUAUUUGGGUCAAAUGAAGACGCUACAUUUUAUCCAUUGCUUCAGGUGAUGCUUAACAGGUUCACUCAUGAAUGCUAUGAAGAGUUGUUUUAUAUGAAGUUGGGCGGGGUAUUUGGUUUGAAGACAAUGAUUGAAGACUUGCCUAUUCCUUCUUCUUGGUUUAAUCAAUAUCAGUCAGAACUUAUCCGUGCUCUUUUUUUUGUUUUGAGAGAUUCUCACUCAAACGUGCCUGAGGAAGUUACAACUGAAACCAAAAGCUUGAUUUUGAAAAUUUUAGAAAAAUGCAAUAAAGGCAAGGAACAAAAAGAGACCACAUUACAAGCAUUUGGAGAAAUUGUUGGUGCUCUUGUUUAUGAUUUAGCAAAUUCCAAAGAAAUUGUCCGAGAAACUUCUCAAGAAUCACUAAAAGUGUUGUCAGAGGCUACAAAAGUUCCAAUUGCCGAAAUAAUAUUGCCUUGUAAAGCUAAUUUAUUGACACCUAUCUUUCGUAAGCCUUUAAGGGCAUUGCCAUUUACAAUGCAGAUAGGAAACAUUGAUGCCAUUACGUUUUGUUUAGGAUUAGAAGGAACAUUUUUGAAAUUUGAUGAAGAAUUAAAUAGGUUGCUCCAUGAAACGUUACAAUUAGCAGAUGCAGAUGAUGAGCUGCUUGCAAUCAAUCUCAAUGAUUACAAAACCUCCACCCAUUUAAUUAAAUUAAGAGUAUCCUGUAUUCGUCUUCUUUCAUUAGCUUUGUCUAAAUCUUAUUUUACGGCACCACCACAACAUAAAAUUAAGAAUAGAAUGCUUGCUGUAUUUUUCAAAUCUUUAUGUUCUCCAUCUUCCAAAGUAAUUGAUGCUGCACAUCUUGCUCUCAAAAAUAGUUUGGAUUCCAAUUUCAAAUUACCUAAAGAACUACUUCAACAAGGGCUUCGUCCAAUGUUAUCUACCUUGUCAAAUCAUUCUAAACUUACAGUUCCUAGUUUAAAUGCGUUGGAGCGUCUUUUGCAGUUGCUUAUUACUUAUUUCAAAGUUGAGAUAGGGAAAAAGUUGCUUGAUCAUGUUAGUUCUUAUGCCAAGGAAAAUGCAUUGCAUCAGAUUUCUUUGGCAGAUUUGAAAAGUCAUCCAACAGUUAAAAUAAUUGUUGCAGUGCUAAAUAUAUUUUAUGUUCUUCCUCCUAAAGCAAACAUGUAUUUUGGUGAUAUUAUGUCUAAAUUGGAUUAUCUUGAAACUCAAUUGAGACGACGUAAAGGUUCCCCAUUUAGAAGACCAGUUGCAAAGUAUCUUAACAGGUUUUUCAAAGAAGGUUACGAAUAUUUUACUAAUCAUUUUCAUAAGAGAUAUAUCGGAAUUCUUUUUGCUGAUUUUAUAAGCAUGGAAGAAUGUCCUAAAUUGACUGAAGUUAUACUGGAUAAUAUUUCAGAAAUAUAUCAAAACAUAAUCCAGGAACCGACCCCCGCUAUAAAAUGUGCAAAAUAUGCUAAUUUUAUAGAUGUUGUUUCUGCAUUGGUUAAAACAAAUCUUAAAUGGCUUGAUAAUAAACUAUUAUUAUUAAAUAAUAUUUGUCUGUUGUCCAAAAGUGUUAUUAUAUUUGAAAAAGCUCAGGGAUUUGAAACCGAAGUGCGUUUUCAGGUUCUUCAAUCAUUUGAUAAAUUUCAGAAACUAUUUGUUAGCUACUUUAAAGGUCAUCCUAAUAGUCAAGAUUCAGUUUUAAAACUCAUUGAUUUGGUUUGUUCAACAAAAACAGAUAUGGCAUUUGAAUUAAAAGACUAUAUAUUUUUAAAAAUUGUUAAAUCUGAUGAUGUUGAAUUGCGUCAAGAAUAUUUACUUAAGUGUGUCAAUAUGGCAAUUGAUCCAGUUUGCUCGCUAAAAACCAAAGUUUAUCUUUUCAAGAAUAUCAUAAAUUCGAUUAUUAUUUAUGAAUGUUACAAAAAUCAAAGUCUUUCGAAAAUUUGUCAAAAGGAAUCACCCUGGUUUAACUUAAUUUGUUCUAAAAUAUGGAGAGCUACCAAUGAUUUGAUAUCUGAUCAUAGGGCUGGACCAAUAGAUUUUUAUCGGUUUGAAUUGUUACAAAUGACGGCUUUUCUUAUAAAAUACUCAAAACCUCUUGUUUCCGAUAUUAGGAAAGAUAUUAUUAAGUUCAGUUGGGAAUUCUCCAAAUUGGAUGAUCUUUUGACUAAACACGCUGCAUAUGUUACAAUGUCUUACUUUAUUAUCAGUUUUGAUACUCCUACCAAAAUAAUUAGUAAUAUUUUUAUUGCUUUGCUCCGUUCACAUACUCCAGAAACAAAAAAUUUAGUAAAAUUGUCACUCAAUCUGUUGGCUCCGGUCAUGCCUUUAAAAAUGAACCCAGGCAUUCCUACUUCAAAUUGGUUAAGGUUAGUUAGAAGAAUAUUAUCUGAAGAAGGUUAUUCUGCCAUGCAGGUAUUUAAUAUCUAUCAGUUUAUUAUCAAUAACAUGGAUGCUUUUUUUUUAGCAAGGGAGCACUUCACCUCAAAUAUUAUCAAUGCUAUUAAACAAUUGAUUUCUUUAAUGAAUAUACCCACAGAGAAUCAGUUGUAUGCAAUUGAUCUUGCAGAGCUUAUUUUGAAAUGGGAAAAAAAAGCUCAUAUCAUGAAAUCAUCAAAUAAGUCACCUGAAGAUUCAAAAUCUGUCAUUGAUGCAGAAAACUCAAAUAUUUUCUAUCAAAUACCUUCGAAUCAAAAAGAGCUUUAUAUAUCGUGCUUGAUAAAAUACAUUAAUUCCAAUAGUCAGCGCGCUACAGAGGUUGGAAAUAUUCAAAGAUCUGUUCGAAUAUUGCAAGAAAUCCUUCAACUCAAAGAAUGGUCAGGGGUUAAUAUCGAAUUGACUUUAUUUGAAAAAUUUUUGAUAAAUAUUGAUUUUUCUACCAUUUCAUCGAUUGUUUAUACAUUGAAUUCUUUGGAAGUAUUUUGUAUUGUUAUAGAAUCAAAAGAUUCAGUUUGGAUUGUCUCAAAUCUAUCAUACUUAAAAAAAUUAUUUGAAAACUGUCUGAAAUGUGAUAAUUACGAGGUUCAAAAAAAUUUGCAGGAUUUAUUAGAUAAUAUACUUAAAGCUAUCUUUGACAUUUGCAGUGAUGUGGAGAAAAAAUUUGAGGAAGCCAAGGAGUUUGUCAAAUUUUUGGUUUCUAUCACAACUGAAAAUCUCAGUAGCAACACAAGUGUCAAAAUAGCUUCAGGAAUUAUGUCAUGUUCUAGUAUAGCAAAGUUUGAACCGCUAUUGGUGGAUAAUCUUUUUCCUUUAAUAUUGAAGUCUUUUUCCAGGCUUUUUAAAGAUAUGAACAACAGUAUUAAUGACUCCAACUCUGCUAAUCAAGAGUUGGAUUUUAAAAUAAUGGCUAAAAGUUUGCAGUGUAUUAUUGAUUUGUGUUCUCUCAGAAUGAUGAAUAUGGGGGAUCAAAGACAUGAUUUUCUAAACCAAUUAUGUCAGUUUAUAGAAAACUCUUCAAACAAGAACCUUUUGAAGAUUAUAUUAGAUCAAGUGAAAAAGUGGGUUUUUUCUAAGGAUUUGUUUCCUACUGUCAAAGAAAAAUCAUUGAUAUUGACCAAAAUGCUUUCAUUUGAAAACAGAAGUCUUUUUUCGUUGUCAAAGGACUUUUUUAACAUUAUUGUUUCUAUUUUUGAAAACAAAACAUUUCUUUUCAGCGAGUUAACCUCCAGAAUGGAAAAACCUUUCUUAGCGGGAACAAAAUUCAAAGACAUAGAAAUAAGAAAAAAACUAAUGUUUGUUCUUAAUGAAAGUCUCGAAACAGAGUUAACUGAACGUUUUUAUUAUGUUAUUAAAAAGCAAAAUUGGGAGCACAUUGCUGAUUAUUAUUGGCUCAAUCAAGCUUCUGAAUUAUUAUUGGGUUCUUUUGAGAAAAACUAUAAAUUAAAAUUAACAGAAGAUAAUUUCAAGUUUUCCUCCUUAUUUGAUUUAGAGGAAGGUUGUUUUAUUCAAGAUUCUAAGGAGAAAGAAGAAAAACAUCCAGAACUUCAAAAAUUUCUUGAUGAACAUCAAAAAUUCUUAAACAAAGUGGGUACAGUAAAAGCUGGUGAUUUGAUAAACCCUUUAAUUGAAUUGUCUUAUCAAAAUAAUAUUGUUGGUCAUAACAUAUGGCUUCAAUUAUUUCCAAUAGCUUAUAGAACUAUUCCAGCUAAAGAAAAAAUGGAUUUCAUGCAAUUUAUGGUGGUUUUACUUUCCAAAGAAUAUCAUAUCGUGCAGGCUUCUAAACCCCAGAAUGUUAUUUUGACUUUAUUAGAAGCAGUUGGAAGAUGUCCAGAUUUGCAGUUGCCACCCCAAUUGGUUAAAUAUUUAGGCCAUACAUAUAAUAGUUGGUACCAGUCUUUCAAAAUAUUAGAAGAAAACAAUUUUAAUUCUCCUGUUGAAAAUUCCAAGAUUAAAGAAAUCAAUGAAGAUGCUUUAGUUGAACUAUAUGCUUCUCUACAAGAAUUGGAUAUGUUUUAUGGAUUAUGGAGACGACGGGCAAAAUAUAGUGAAACAUCAUUUGCUCUUUCGUUUGAACAGAUUGGGUUGUGGGAUAAAGCAUUACAAAAAUAUGAAGAUGCGCAAAUUAAGGCUCGAAGUGGUGUAUUGCCAUAUGGUGAAUCUGAAUACUCUUUAUGGGAGGACAAUUGGAUUUUUUGCGCAGAAAAACUUCAACACUGGGAUGUUCUUACCGAACUUGCAAAACAUGAAGGGUUUACUGAUCUUUUCUUAGAGUGUGGCUGGCGAGUUGCUGAUUGGAACGAUGGUAAAGAACACUUAGAAAAUCAUGUUCGGAUUGCAAUGGAAGUUCCAACUCCAAGAAGACGGAUAUUUCAAACAUUUCUAUGUUUGCAGGCUGUUGCUCGUCGUGAACAAAAAGGCGCUGAACUCUAUAAUAAUUGUGAAGAAGGUAUUCAGUUAUCUUUAAGAAAAUGGUGUUCUCUUCCUACCAGGUUUACUGUUGCACAUAUUCCAUUAUUGCACAAUUUCCAGCAAUAUAUUGAAUUUAUGGAAGCAAGUCAAGUAUAUAACAGCUUGAUCACAACUAAUAAUCAGAAUUUUGAAGAAAAAUCUCAAGAACUAAAAAGAGUUUUACAAGCUUGGCGUGAACGUUUGCCGAACAAUUGGGACGACAUUAACAUUUGGAAUGAUUUAGUAACUUGGAGACAACACGCCUUUACUGUGGUGAAUAACGUUUACAUGCCUUUUAUGCCAGCUGCACAAACAGCUAAUGGAAAUGGAAACAAUAAUACAAACUCCUAUGCUUAUCGUGGUUAUCAUGAGAUUGCUUGGGUCAUAAACCGUUUUGCACAUGUUGCUAGAAAACACAACAUGCCAUCUGUUUGCAUAAGCCAAUUAACCAGAAUUUAUACACUACCUAAUAUCGAAAUUCAAGAGGCCUUCUUGAAAUUACGAGAGCAAGCCAAGUGCCAUUAUGAAAAUGAAGAUGAACUUAAUACGGGUCUUGAUGUUAUAAGCAAUACUAAUUUAGGCUACUUCAAUCCAUCACAAAAAGCUGAAUUUUUUGCAUUGAAAGGAAUGUUUUUAGCAAAAUUGAAUCAAGAAAAUGAAGCUAACCAAUCUUUUGCUGCGGCUGUUCAAAAUUUUGUUCAUUUAGCCAAAGGUUGGGCUGAAUGGGGAUUUUUUAAUGAUAGAUGUUUCACAGCCAAUCCUAAACGAUCUGUAGCUGCUCGUUAUGCUAUCAGUUGUUAUUUGCAAGCAGCGGGUCUUUAUAAAAAUGGAAAAACAAGAAGAGUUCUUGCACGUAUUUUAUGGCUUAUUAGUUUGGAUGAUGAAAACAUUGAUUUGGCCUCAACUUUCAACACAUAUAGUGGGGAUGUUCCUGUGUGGUAUUGGAUUACUUUUAUCCCUCAAUUACUUAGCUCUUUGUCUCGUAAAGAGGCUCUUCUUGUUAAAUCUUUGUUGAAUAAAAUUUCAAAGAUCUAUCCUCAAGCCCUUCAUUUUCUAUUAAGAACCACAAAGGAAGAUUUAUUUGCUAAAAGCCAAGCAAUGGCAGUUGUUCAAAAUCAAGAAGGCAAUUUGGAUAUUUCUAUGCAACUACCACCUAACACUCCAAAUUCUGGAAAUAAACCACAACCUUGGCUUCAUGUUAAUGAAAUUAUGGGCAUUCUUAAAACUGGGCAUCCUUUAUUAGCUCUUUCAUUGGAAUCGUUAGUUGAUAUUAUUAGUCAAAAAUUCAAACCAACUGCUGAUGAAGAUGCGUUCCGUUUAGUAAUUGCAUUGAUAAAUGAUGUUGUUCAAUAUCUUUAUAAUCCUUCAAAGGACAAAAAGGUUCCUAAAUCAAUAGUUGAAAAUAUAAAACGAUUUUCUUCAACAGUUUUGCCCAAAUUGAUUAGGGCUAAAUUUGAGAGAGAUCUUGUUGAAUCUAAACCUGAUUUGGAUACAUAUAUGGUUAGGUUAAAAAAAUGGAAAGCAAGACUUGAAAAUAAACUUGAUAGAAGAAUUCAAAAGACUAAUUUAGAAGGAUUUUCUUCUCAUCUAACACAAUUUCAUCAUCAAAAAUUUGAGGAGAUAGAAAUUCCAGGGCAAUAUUUAGAAAAUAAAGAUAAUAAUAUGCAUUUCAUUAAGAUUGAAAGGUUUUUACCAACGGUUGAUUUAUUUAGAGGCUCGACUGCUUGUUUUAAAAGAUUGAAAAUUAGAGGGGAUGAUGGAUCAUUGCAUUUAUUUACUGUUCAAUCACCUGCUAAUCGUCAGUCAAGAAGAGAAGAACGAAAUUUUCAAAUGUAUCGUAUAUUUGGAAAUGAAUUACUUUAUAAAGUUCAAUCUCGAUCAAGAAACAUCAAAUUUACAAUUCCAAUUGCAGUUCCCUUAGCACCACAUAUUAGAAUCUUAAAUGAUGAUUCUAAUUAUAUAACGAUGCAAAAAAUUUAUGAGAUAUUUUGUCGAAAGAGAAAACAAGAUGUGGAUGAACCUCUUCUUUAUACAAUUAAGAAAAUAAGACAAUCAUCUAAUGAAAGGUUACCUAAAGCCGAGUUUAAUAGUAUAAGAGUAGAAAUUUUGCCAGCAAUUCAAAGUUUGUUUGUUCCCAAAACAGUAUUUAGAGAUUAUUUUAUGGAGUUGUAUCCCAAAUACGAAGAUUUUUGGAUAUUUAGAAAACAAUUUACAUCACAAUAUGCAUCAUUUUGUUUUAUGACAUAUUUAACAUCUAUUAUAUCGAGGUAUCCUAGAAAAAUUCAUGUUAAUAUUGCAACUGGGAAUGUUUUUACUACAAGUAUGCUACCAUCCAAAUUACCAUUAAAUCUUAUAGAUAAAUUUACCAUUCCAGUUUUUAAAAGUUUAGAGAUGGUUCCAUUUAGAUUAACACCAAAUAUUCAAAAAUUGAUGGGAGAAGCUGGAUUAGAAGGAAUAUUUUCUGCGCAUUUAUUUAUAAUAGCGAAAUGUCUAUCUAAACCGGAGUUUGAUAUGGAGCAAUAUUUGUGUUUAUUUGUUAGAGAUGAAGUUCUUUCAUGGAAUGUUCAAAAAGAAUUUCGAAUUCAAGAUUCACCAUCAUUAUUGAAAAAUAGUGUUGAAAUCAAUAAUAAAGAAAUAUUUAAAAAAUUGGAACUGAUCAGUAAAAUUGAUUCUAAUGCGGAACUUGCUACGAAAGGAGUUGUUAAUUUAAUAUCUCUGGCAACUCAUCCUAUUAAUUUGGCUAGUGCAGAUGCACCAUGGAUGUGCUAUCUUUAGUUUUUUAAAAGAAUAAAAAGAAAGAAAAGUAAUCAGCGAAGUUAAACAAUAAAAGUAUAAAGAAUCUAAAUUGUGUAAAUUUGAAAAAAAGAAAAAAAGAAAGGCUUUAGUUUUAGUAGUUGUUUUAGUUUUUAUUUUAUAAAUGAAUAAAUUAGUGUUUUGAUAAACCGAAACUAGAUGGGCCAAGAAUUGCAAUGAAAUUUGCGAUUUAAUUCGAUUCGAUUUGAUGUGGUUUGAUUUAAUUUAAUAAAGUGGACAAAUUUAAGUUUUUAUUUUUCAGUUUUUCAGUUUUCCAGUUUUUUUAUACUAGUUAUUUAUUUAUUUUAAUA